UAUGCCGUUGCUUCUGGUUGCAUAUGGCCCUAAAAAUCAAUUUGUGCAUUCAGAACUUCUUGAGAGCGCUGCCUAGAGCCAGAGCAACGGAUAGCGUUACGUCUCCUUCAGUUUCUUAUGCUUGCAAAGCAAACCCAUCUUUUUCAGCCAAUGCGGAGGCAUUGAAGGAAGUGCAAGGAAGCGUGGAAAAACUGGAGCUGCUGAAGCAGAAGAUAGAGCAUGUUGGUAUAGAUUGCGUUGAUUUGUGUACAGUUGGACAGUACAAUAACGUAUAUUGUCCCAAGUGCAGGGGAGGGCAAUCCAAAGAGAGGAGCUUAUCUCUUCAUAUCAACCAAGAUGGGGAUUUUGCAAUGUGGAGGUGUUUUCAAGUUAGCUGUGGGUGGGCCGGCCAGGCAUUUGCAGACAUAAACAAGAUUGGUCAAUAUAAUUCUCAGGGACAAAUGACUGAGGAUAGCUUAGAGUUGGAACCGCUUGGUGAGAAGCUGAUUACGUACUUUGGCAAACGAAUGAUAUCUGAGGACACUUUGAGAAGGAAUGCUGUUGUGCAAUCAUCUCAUGAUCAGGCUGUCAUUGCUUUUCCUUAUAGACAAAAUGAGGUGCUUGUAGGCUGCAAAUUCCGAACCAUAGAGAAAAGGUUUUGGCAGGCAAAGGGUACUGAACGAUGGUUAUAUGGACUUGAUGACAUCGAUGAAGCUGCUGAAAUCAUUAUUGUUGAAGGUGAAGUAGAUAAGCUCUCAAUGGAGGAAGCUGGCUUCCGUAACUGUGUAAGUGUUCCUGCUGGUGCGCCACAAAAGGUUUCUACUAAAAGAGUUCCGUAUCCUGAAAAGGACACUGCAUUUCAGUAUCUACAGAACUGCAAAAAAUACUUGGAAAAGGUUUCUCGCAUUAUCCUGGCAACUGAUGGUGACCCCCCAGGCCAAGCAUUGGCUGAAGAGCUUGCACGCCGCCUUGGAAAAGAAAGGUGCUGGCGGGUACAUUGGCCACGGAAGGAUGAGCUUGAGUAUUUCAAAGAUGCAAAUGAGGUUCUACAGUCCCUGGGACCGUAUGCGCUAAAGGAGGUUAUGGAACAAGCGGAACUCUACUAGUUAAAUGUUUAAGGCGCUAAGUUUUGAUUGAGGAUGCUUGGUUAUGCCUUGUAAUGCUGUGGGUGGUAACACUUGGAGACACAGAUAAUGGACUUGAGCUAUCAUGUAUAUAUAUAUAUAUAUUCCUGUGAAAUACAUUCACCCCCGAUUGAAGCAAGACUGUCCUCAGCCAAUAACUUGUCAGGAAUAAUUAAGGCAAUUGAGUCGAAACAACUUGAUCA